GAAAAAGUAAAAAGAGAAUUAAAAAGAAAAAAAAAGAAAUAAACAAAAAUUCAAAAAAAGAACAAGGAAAACGAACCAAAGUGACGAAUCUCAAUCAUGAAAUUGAACGUUGCGGAAUUAUCGAUGUUAACUUUACUUCUACCAUUAACAUCAUGCAAGAGUACUAAUUAUGAUACAAUAUCAUCAUCGUCAUCGUCAUCAACGUCGUCAUCAAAAUUUAAUUCAUCCGAGAAAUCUUCCUCGUCAUUGACAAUUGGCAGAUUAUCCAGAGGUACAGUCACCGACAUCGUUUCCAAAAAUAUAACCAUGGUUUUGGAAAAUCUUCUUAUGAAUUAUGAGAACAGUCAACUGCCAACACACGGGAAAGGAACACCGACGAUUGUCAAAACUAAUAUUCUGAUAAGAAGCAUGGGUCCUGUUUCCGAAUUGGAUAUGGAUUACUCAAUGGAUUGUUACUUCAGACAAUCUUGGCGUGAUUCUCGGCUUAGUUUCUUAGGACCCAUUAAAUCUCUCAGCCUUAGUAUAAAAAUGCUUGAAAGAAUAUGGCGUCCUGACACGUAUUUUUACAAUGGGAAACAUAGUUACGUGCACACUAUCACAGUGCCCAACAAGUUGCUAAGAAUUUCUCAAGAUGGUGAUAUACUUUAUUCCAUGAGGCUUACCAUUAAAGCUAAGUGUCCAAUGGAAUUACAAAAUUUUCCAAUGGAUCGACAAUCCUGUCCUUUAAUUUUAGGAAGCUAUGCAUACACAUCUAGACAAUUGGUUUACGAAUGGCAAGAAGGUUCUUCAGUAAACUUUGUUCCUGGAAUGGCUUUAUCCCAAUUCGAUUUAAUGGGUUCUCCUUACAGGAAUCUUACGUUUGUACGUCGCGAAGGAGAAUUUUCCGUUCUCCAAGUGUCUUUUAAUUUACAACGACAUACUGGUUAUUUUUUGAUACAAGUAUACGUUCCAUGUGUGUUGAUCGUUGUCUUAAGUUGGGUAUCAUUUUGGAUUCAUCGUGAAGCUACCAGCGAUCGUGUAGGUUUAGGUAUUACUACGGUACUAACACUUUCAACGAUUAGUCUCGAUUCAAGAACCGAUUUACCAAAAGUUAGAUACGCAACAGCCCUUGAUUGGUUUCUUCUCAUGAGUUUUGGUUAUUGCAUUGCUACCCUUUUAGAAUUUGCUGGAGUACAUUAUUUUACUAAGGUAGGAAGUGGUGAACUUCCAUUGGAUGAAGAAGAAUGGGAAAAUAUUUCGGAUAAGGAAUAUGAAGAUCCAUUUUGUACUAUUGCUACUUGUGAUUCUCAAACUAUUCAUCCAGAUAGUAUCAUCGAUGAGACUUCAAGAAGAAGUUCAGCUGUAUGCAGCAUUUAUAAUGAUUCGGUAACGUACAAUAGACGAUCUUAUCAACCCGUAACAAUGGCUGUUACAUCGAGACCAUCAACAAUGGAAAGACAGACGCAAACUGAACGACGAUUACCCAAAUGGAAACAAUUUUUAUAUUGUUUGGCAGGUGACGAUGAAUUCAGAAGACGAAGACAACGUGAAGCAGCAGGAAAUUGUCGUAAAUUUGGUGAACGUGUAGCGAGACAUAUUAAUAGUGUAUCAACAAUAGAUCGAGUAGCACGAGUAGUAUUUCCGGCAUCUUUUGGUUUACUUAAUGUAUGUUAUUGGGUUGUUUAUGUCACCUAUCAAGAAGAAUUUAAAUGGCAAGAUCCACCGAUCGGUUCGAAUUCUCGAUAAACAAAUAUAUCGAUUUAUAAUUAUA